AUGCCGUCUUACUUCUACCAUCUAAAAUUCGAGCUUUAUCCGACUCCUAAUCCGAUCGCCGAAGCCUCAGAGUCGGAUCGCGAGGCUACCUGGCUUCCACCUCCAGAAGCUGGUGUCUUUGAUGACUUCCCAUUUCACCCACGACCAGACCGACAAACGACAUACCAAGUGCCGACCUCCGAUUACUCUAGACCAGGCUCUACGAACCAUACACACCCAUAUACGCUUGCGGGACAGAAUUCGUCGUCGUCAAGCUUAGGAAUAAUAGACUGUGGCGCAGCCGCGAGAGCGCCGGCUAAGGAAUCCGAUCGAAAGAUUGAGAUCGUAUCAGAAAGGCAGUGGCUCGAGCGGGCAAACAGCUUCCCACCUCCGAACUCAAGUGUUGCAAUACACCCACAAGCCGCAGUUAGAGACUGGCGGUUCGGCCGUGUAAGCCUCGAAACGGUCGAUCUACGAACUGCUCACGCAAUGGCUGGCGAGGCUAGUCGAACCGGCCCGUCCGCGGCUCCUUUACUAGGACCGACAUUCGGAGGCGCUGGAACUGCGACCAAGGCCAAGUUCCUCCCCCUCGAGACGAAAAACACUGAGCUUGGAUGGGGUGUUGUACAUUUCUACCGAGAAGGAGACGAGACACCCGGACUGGUUGAGGUGGAUCAUCAUGAAAGCGAGACUGCCAAUUUGAAGGAUGAUGACUGCACAACUCUCUGUAUCCCAGCAGUCCCUGCCUACAUGUCCCCGGGCGACCUAAUGGGAUUUGUAGGUGAGAAGUGGACGGGUGAUAUCAGUCACUGCCGCAUGGUCAUGACUUCGCGGAUGAACAGAUACCUCGUUUUGCUCAAAUUUCGAGAUAACUUUCGAGCAAAACAAUGGAGGCGGGAGUUUGAUGGCAGGGUGUUUAACACUAUGGAACCUCAAAUAUGUCAUGUAGUAUUUGUCAAGAGUAUAACAUUCGAAACGCCGACGCGCAGAAAGUCCAGCACUGCUCUCUCGCCCUUAUCCUCGUCAGCCGGUAUGUCGAGUAGUCUCAGACCGUUUCCUCCUCCUACGCCGAAUUUGGUGGAACUGCCCACCUGCCCCGUAUGCUUGGAGCGCAUGGACGAAACGAACGGAUUGAUGACAAUUCCAUGCUCUCACGUUUUUCAUUGCACCUGUCUCCAAAACUGGAAAGGUGCAGGCUGUCCGGUGUGUCGAUUCACCAACACUUCACCUGGCGCUGAGUCGGAUCCAACAAAUCCUCAUACACAGCCAUUUGGCUCUGGGGCUUCAAAUCUUUGUAGCGUCUGCGAUUGUACAGAUGAUCUAUGGAUCUGUUUAAUCUGUGGAUACGUUGGCUGCGGUCGGUAUAAAGGUGGUCAUGCGAAGGACCAUUGGAAAGAGACCGCACACUGUUUUGCCCUGGAGCUAGAAACACAACAUGUCUGGGACUAUGCUGGAGAUAUGUGGGUGCACCGACUCAUCAGAGAUAAGGGCGAUGGAAAAGUGGUGGAGCUGCCAUCGAGAAAUAGAUCAGUUGGUCACCUGGAAGAAGAAGAUGUUGUGCCCCGGGCGAAGCUCGACAGCAUUGGCCUGGAGUAUACGCAUCUAGUCACAAGCCAACUCGAGUCCCAACGCGCAUACUACGAAGAGCUGAUUAGCAAGACAGUCGACAAGGCCUCGAAAGCAUCCGCUACUGCUGAAGAGGCUGCUGCUCAGGCUUCAAAAGCCAUGGAGAGACUUACACUGCUGGAUGCUAAGUACACAGCGCUCAGUCAAGAUACCAUUCCAGAGCUAGAGAAGCAACUUGCCCGAGAGCGCAACAAGGCGAACAAGAGUGAAACUCUGGCCCGUAACCUUAGUAAAUCCCUCCAAGAGGAGAAGCGCUUGAACGAGGGGUUGAUGGAACGCAUUGAGCAUCUCAACCGCGACCAUCAAGCAAUGAUCAAGGAGGUUGAGAAGCUCAAAGAGGACAAUGCUGAGCUUCAAGAGACAAACCGAGAUCUGAGCAUGUUCAUAUCUGGACAGGAAAAGUUGAAAGAGCUGGAAAACGAGGGCAAGAUUGAGGAGGGAGAGCUCGAAGGUGGCAGUGCAAGUGUGCCAGAGAAGAAGAGCCGACGACGAGGAAAGCGUUGA